AUGCUCGGGCUGCUCGGCCUCCUGCCCGGCCGUGGAGGCACAGUCCUGGCAGAGCAGGCAGGGAAACAGGAGUUUGAUGGAGAGAACAUGUACAUGGGAAUGAAUGACAACGCCCAGGAGUUUCUAUCUGCCAAUCAGACAUACAACAGCCAGAAUGAAAACAACGAGGACUACGAGAUCCCUCCCAUAACGCCUCCUAAUCUCCCUGACCCUUCCCUCCUGCACUUGGUGGACCACGAAACUGGAUAUCACUCUCUGUGCCACAGCCUCCCUCCCAACAGCCUGAUCCCAGCCUACCCCUACCAGAACAUGGACCUGCCAGCCAUCAUGGUCUCCAACAUGUUGAGUCAGGAUGGGCAUCUCCUCUCCAGCCAGCUACCCACGAUCCAGGAGAUGGUCCACUCGGACGCCGCGUCCUACGAUUCCAACCGCCAAGUGCCCCUGCUCAACCGCCCCGGGAUGCUGGCCGGCCCCAUGAGCGCCCUCAGCCAGUCCCAGCUCAUCUCUCAGAUGGGGAUGAGGAGUGGUGUCGCCCACGGCUCCCCCUCGCCCCCGGGAAGCAAGUCUGCUACACCAUCUCCCUCCAGCUCCACUCAGGAAGAGGAGACGGAGUCACAUUACAAGGCUACUGGAGAGAAAAGACCAUCAACAGACCUGGGCAAGAAGCCCAAGAGCCAAAAGAAGAAGAAAAAGAAGGACCCCAAUGAGCCCCAGAAGCCCGUGUCAGCCUACGCCCUGUUUUUCAGAGACACACAGGCAGCCAUCAAAGGGCAAAACCCCAAUGCCACCUUUGGAGACGUGUCCAAAAUCGUGGCAUCCAUGUGGGACAGUUUGGGAGAAGAACAAAAACAGGCAUACAAGAGGAAAACAGAAGCUGCGAAGAAGGAGUACCUGAAAGCUCUGGCCGCGUACCGGGCCAGCCUCGUCUCCAAGGGGACCUCACAGCUUACCCUCCUCUAUGCCUCCAGGGAGGGGCCAUGGGCAUUUGCUGCCUGUGGAUUUGGGGUGGCUCCUGUGGAGUUGGUAGGUUUGCUGGCUCAGGGAUCUACUCUGGAUGCUCCUGUAACCCUCCCUUUCCUCUCCACUCUGCAGGACUUCUCCCAUAUUUCGUCUGAGUUUCAGAACAGUGUUGGACCCCGUUCGCCCGGCGCAUCAAACCCUCCAGGAAGCACUGAGUGGGACAACGACUACCCCAGCAGAGAGUGUGGGGUCAACCACUGCAGCAUGCUGCCAAGGGACAAGGCACUCUACCUCACCUAAGGCUCACCACCCCUUUUGGAGGAGGCUCAGAGGAAGGACACUUGAGAGGGUCUAUCCCACGGACCACCCCGGGCAGGCACGAGCAAGUCCUACGGGCGGGAGAGCUGCCACUUGCACCUCGUCGCUGGCUUCGUUCCCAGGCUCU